AUGUUACCACAAGAAGAGUCAUUAAAGAUCCUUGGACAAUUCCUCCGUGAACAUGAAUGUACUCGUUUGAAUGGGAUUUCGAUCGAUACUGUUAUCGAACUGGCUCGUACGGUACUUCAGAAAAAUGUGUUUGUACAUGAUAAUAAAUUCUAUCGACAAAUUGUCGGUGGGGCUAUGGGUUCUCCAUUUACGUUAACAUUAGCAAACAUAUUCAUGUGGUAUUGGGAAAAACAAUCCAUUCUUUCUAAUUUACCCUCUCGUUAA